AUGUCUGCGAACGAAACAAAUACAACUACUACAUCAUCACCAGCGCCAAUACCUGGUGCUGAUAUUGCCUGGGUUAUGACAUCAACAGCCUUGGUGUUUAUAAUGAUUCCUGGCGUUGGUUACUUUUACAGUGGUAUGGCUCGUAGUAAAAAUGCGUUAUCACUUAUUAUGCUUAGUGUGUUAUCCGCCGCUGUAGUUUCAUUUCAGUGGUGGUUAAUAGGAUACAGUUUAACAUUCGGUAAUUCAACAUCAAAAUACAUUGGAAGUGCUGAAUUUGCUUUCUUCCGAGGCGUAGAUAUGACUCCUUAUUCUCAGUCAACCCCAAUACCUAGAAUCGUAUUCGCAAUGUACCAAUGUAUGUUCGCAGCUAUCACUCCCGCUCUCGCUCUAGGUUCUGCUGCUGAACGUGGUCGUAUAUUACCAAAGAUCGUUUUUAUCUUUGUUUGGACUACCCUUGUAUACGAUUUCAUCGCUUGUUGGUCUUGGAAUUCAAAUGGUUGGGUCAAUGUUAUGGGUGGUUUGGAUUUUGCUGGUGGUACUCCUGUUCAUAUCUCUUCAGGUUGUGCUGCUCUCGCUUAUGCUAUUAUCCUUGGUAAACGCCAUGGUCAUGGUACUACUGAUUUCAAACCUCAUAAUAUUGCAAAUGCUGUCCUUGGUUGUGUUCUUCUUUGGUUCGGUUGGUUCGGAUUUAAUGGUGGUUCUGCAUUGGGUGCAAAUGCUCGUGCUGCAAUGGCUUGUGCCGUUACAAAUUUGGCUGCUUCUGUUGGUGGUUUAACUUGGGUUUUAAUGGAUUAUCGAUUGGAAAAGAAAAUAUCCGCUCUUGGUUUCUGUUCUGGUGCUGUUGCUGGCCUUGUUGCCAUCACUCCUGGAUCCGGUUUCGUCGGUACACCUGCUGCUGUAGCUUUUGGUGUUAUUGGUGCCUUUUUCUGUAAUAUUGCUGUACAUUUAAAGCAUAUUUUCGAUUUUGAUGAUGCUCUGGAUGUGUUUGCAGUUCAUGGUGUCGGUGGUUUAGUAGGAAAUAUCCUCACUGGUAUAUUUGCUCAAAAAUCAAUUGCCGCUCUUGAUGGUGUGACUGUUAUUCCAGGUGGUUGGUUAGAUGGAAACUUUAUUCAAUUAGGCUAUCAACUUGCUGAUUCUGCUACUGGUAUGGGAUACUCGUUCAUUAUGACAUAUUUCAUUUUAUUUGUAAUGGAUAAAAUUCCUGGAUUAUCUCUUCGUGCCGACCCUGAAUCUGAGGCAAUGGGUAUGGAUGAAUCAGAAUUAGGUGAAUUGGCCUAUUAUCAUAUUGACAAAAUUAUUUCCGUAAACAAAUUAACUGGCGAGACGAAAACUGUUAAAGAAGAAACAGUGAUUCAAAACAAUGAUUGUAACGUUUCUAUUGUAUAA